UGACGUCACGGACGCGCCACCGCAGAGUGAGUCGCGUCCCGGAAGCUAGGGGAGCGGAGGGACAGAUUGCUCUCCGGUGGACUUGCGACUUCGGAGCGUCGGUGGGAGGUGGCGCGGAGUGGGGUGGGGCGGGCCUUGAGGGACCGCUCCGGGGCUUGGUGGCCCUUCUGUCCCCUUGGCCGUCCCUGCCCUCCCUCUCCUGGCCAGCGUCUGGGUUCAACCCGAAGUUCCACAUGAAAUGAUGCAAAGGGAAACGUGUUGAAGACUUGGAAGUGCAUUGUGAGUGUGGGGAAUCACGAUUACAAGAUGCAGACAUCAGAUCGGGACCCGAGUGGGCCAGAGGCGAGCCCCAGUGUGAUGCCUGAGGUUUUCUCUGAGUGUUCACCGGCCCCUACCAAGUCAACAGCAUUUGAUCUUUUCAACCUGGUUCUGUCCUACAAGAGGCUAGAGGUCUACCUGGAACCCCUGAAGGAGGCAGGUGAUGGUGUUCGAUUCUUGCUAAGGUGGCAGAUGCCUUUGUGUUCCUUGCUGACCUGCCUGGGCCUCAACGUCUUGUUCCUCACAUUGAACGAGGGUGCAUGGUACUCCAUGGGUGCCUUGAUGAUUUCAGUGCCCGCCUUGCUGGGCUAUCUUCAGGAGGUUUGCCGGGCGCAGCUGCCAGAGUCUGAGCUGAUGCGGAGGAAGUACCACAGCAUAAGGCAGGAAGACCUACAGAAAGUGCGUCUUUCCCGCCCUGAAGCUGUGGCUGAGGUGAAAAGCUUCUUGAUCCAGCUGGAAGCCUUCCUGACCCGCCUGUGCUGUACCUGCGAGUCAGCCUACCGUGUGCUGCACUGGGAGAACCCUGUGGUGUCCUCACAGUUCUACGGCGCUCUUCUGGGCAUGGUUUGCAUGCUCUACCUGCUGCCACUCUGCUGGGUCCUUGCCCUUUUAAACAGCACACUCUUUCUGGGAAAUGUGGAGUUCUUCCGAGUGGUGUCUGAAUACAGGGCUUGUCUUCAGCGGCGGAUGAACCCCAAGCAGGAAGAGUAUGCCUGUGAUAGCCCAGCACCACAGGAUGCUGGGGGGAGGGGUACUCUGCUGGAGAGUACACCUGCCCCUACACCCACAGAGGACCUCACGCCGGGCAGUGUGGAGGAGGCCGAGGAGGCUGAGCCAGAUGAGGAGUUCAAAGAUGCAAUUGAGGAGACCCGCCUGGUGGUGCUGGAGGAUGAUGAGGGCACCCCGUGCCCAGCAGAGGAUGAGCUGGCCCUGCAGGACAAUGGCUUCCUCAGCAAGAAUGAGGUGCUGCGCAGCAAGGUGUCACGGCUUACAGAGCGGCUCCGCAAGCGUUACCCCGCCAACAACUUCGGGAAUUGUGCAGGCUGUGCUGCCACCUUCUCCGUGCUGAAGAAGAGGCGGAGCUGCAGCAACUGUGGGAACAGCUUCUGCUCUCGGUGCUGCUCCUUCAAGGUGCCCAAGUCCUCCAUGGGGGCCACAGCUCCUGAAGCCCAGAGAGAGACUGUGUUUGUGUGUGCCUCUUGUAAUCAGACCUUGAGCAAGUGAGAAGAGCAGAGAGGCCAGGCUCCGGCAGUUGCCGGGCCAGCAGGAGAUCCUACUCUCCCAUCCCUGGUCUUCUGAGGCGUGUGCUGGGCUAAUGUAGCCUGACAGCUAGGUCCUUCUUGUCCUUCCCCUGCUGCCUCCAGCUGGGCUGUUGUAAGACUCAGGGGAAGAGGAGCUCCUGGGGUCCCAGCUGUUGGCCCUGCUCUGCCCUGUGCCCUGUUGACUCAGGGCUGGCAGGGAAUGUCCACCAGAGGGCAGAAUUGAGCACAGCCUGCUCUCAUCUGGGCUCUGAUGGUCAAAACCAGCCUGACUAGGCCUUAGUAUUUAAGAGGCUUAAGGUCAGAAAAGAGGUUCUUUCCUGCUGGGUACUAAGUAGUCUCUGAGCGCAGAGCACCUGCAGGAAGACUCAGAGCACAUGUCUGACUCUGCCCUUUGAACAGCCUCAGGAUAUGUUGUUUUCCAGAGACAGGAUUGGAGUUCCUAGGUGCCCAGAGGAGAGUGUACAUGAGGUGCUGGUCAACUCCUUCAGUGGAUGGCAGCACGGGGAGCCUACAGUGGUAGCUCCUCUGACUGUCUGGAGUCUUCAACCCUGUUGGGGUGGCUGCAGGACCCUCACAUCACUCCUAUUCCUGCCCUGAGUCUAGGGCACCCCACCUCUCUCCCGCUGUCACAUUUCUAGCCCAUAUCUCAUGGAACAUGAGGCCAGGGGAGUGGAACAGGGAUUCUGAAAUCCCUUGGCAUCUCAGGCCCGGGGAAGUGUAGAACCUUGAUGGGCUGGCUCCUAGAUUCCAGGGCUGUUCCUGGAGAACAGUGUCCAUUGUGGGGUAGGGUCACGUGGUCAGUUUUAUGUUCCCUUUGAUCUGCUAAGGGGUCGCUGUGCCUCUUUGUAAGCCAUGAGCUGGCUCAGGCCCCCUCCCCUGGAGCUGCCCUGCCUUUUCAAAUUAUUUAUUUAUUUAUUUCAUGGUUCCUGGGAGCAUGCAGUGCAGGGCAGGGUGAAGAUGAUGAGAGGGGCUCCUGCCUGAGACCCUUCCCAAGAGUCAUGGAGUACCCUUGGGGCUCUCCACAAACUUGCAUCUAUAGCAGCAGAACUGUUUCUACUGCCCAAACAUGGACUUGGUGCCCACACCUGAACCACAUGAGUGACUCCCAUCUGAAGCCCUCUUUGCUGACAGGCUGCACAAGAGCAAUGAGGGUUUGGGACUGGGGACCAAGCAGGUGAGGUGUACCCCUUUGUCCUGAUAAGAAAAGGUUACCUCUGUGUUUAUACUGUAAAGCAGCAGAAAGGAACUCUGUAUGAAGAAUUGUCAAUAAAAGGCCCCAUGCUUAUGGCUUA